AUGUCUAACCAAUACUAUCCCCCUCCGCCAGGCGCUUCGGCCUCGACAGCCAGCCAAAAGUCCUACCCGCCUCCUCCAACUUCACCACCCGCGAACCAGUCCAAAUUCUACCCACCGCCGCCUGGCACUCCCGGCUUUGCUCCUCCCCAGGGACAGUCUUAUCCCACGCCGCCGCAACAGCCUUCGUACCAAUCGCCUUCGCCGCAUCAGCAGCAGCAGCAGAGAAACUAUCCUCCCCCACCAGGCCAACAGAGUCCUCCCCCGAACCAGACCGGCACGCCCGUAAACUACCCUCAACCUCCCUCCGCGGCCCAACAUGCCAACUUGCCAUACCGAGAUGCCGGCGCCGCUACACCACCGAGCAGACCUCCUGGCUAUGAUCAGGCUUCGCCUGGAGCCCCCGAGGGCUACCCACAAGAGAAGGGCGGCCACUCGGGCCAGGGCAGUGUAGACCUGUCCCGGCACCCGUCGAUGCUGAGCCAGCUGCAGGCGCAACAACAACAACACCCUUCUCCGGGCGAGUCGCUAGGCGCCGUCGCAGGACCCUCCGCCGGUGGCCAUAUGCAGGGCGCCUACAGCGCGACCGUGGACGACGUCGGCACCUUCAAUGGCGGAUCCUACCGCAUCAGCCACCGGGACUGCAACACCAUCAUUACGAUCCAGCUGGCCAUGGGCUGCCCGCUGGACGCGAAGCCGGGCGUCCUGAUUGCCAUGUCGCCGACCAUCACGCUCAAGGGCGAGUACAAGUUUAGCAUGAAGAAGCUGGUCGCGGGUGGCGAGGUCGGCCAUUCGACUUUCAUCGGCCCCGGCGAGCUGCUGCUGGCGCCCUCCAUGCUCGGCGACAUCACCACCAUCCGCCUCACCGGCUCCGAGUCCUGGUCCGUCAGCAAGGACGCCUACGUCUGCUCCACCCAGGGCGUCACCCGCGACUACAAGCGCCAGGGCCUCGGCAAGGCCAUGUUCUCGGGCGAGGGCCUCUGGGUUCACAAGAUUGCCGGCGUCGGUCUCAUGUGGAUUACCAGCUUCGGUGCCAUUAUCCGCAAGGAUCUUGCCGAUGGCGAAAAGUACAUUGUCGACAAUGGCCAUUUGGUUGCCUGGAACGUCAAGUACAUUAUGGAGCGCGUAGCCAGUGGCGGUAUCAUGGCUGGCUUUGCGUCCGGCGAGGGUCUGGUGUGCAAGUUUACAGGACCUGGCACCGUAUUCCUACAGACGCGGAAUCCUAGAGCCUUCAGUGCUUAUAUGACGGGCAAUGCUGCGCCACCAUAA